CGUUGUGAACUCGAUUUGUCUGCCGUGAGAAUGCAGUGGACGAUCCGACGGUUCGAGCCCUCGGACAAGGAGGCCGUGUACGUGGUGUUCCAAGAGGGCAUCACGGAGCACGUGUGGCCAGCAUUCCGCCAGGCCGUACUCCACCCUGACCACGUGGCCCUGACGCUGAUCAUCUCCGUCACGGCCUAUGUUCUGGGUGGGCGCUGCUGGACCUUGGCUCUGCUGGCUGGUGCAUUGUGGGUAGGCCUUGUGUUCUUUUGCUGCUACGAGUUCUACACCGGCUAUGUGCGGGAAAGGCUGCAUACGGACAUGAAAGACAUCCAGGCCAGCUUCCUUGCUGACCCCGACUGUUGCUUCUGGGUGGCAGAAGCUGAGGUUGGUGGCAAGUGCAGGAUUCUGGGCAUGGUCGCCGUGGUGGGCGGGAAGGCGGGAGGACAUCAGCAGGGCGAGGGUGCCACGCACAAUGAUGGGCCCUCUCCUGGACAGGAGCAAGAGCGCUAUGGGCAAAUAUUCCGCAUGACCGUGUCAUCCUCCUGCCGCCGCUCUGGGCUGGGAACCUUGCUGGCGCAGACGGCCAUCCAGUUCUGCCGUGACAGGAAGUUCUCCAAGAUCGUUCUGACCACCAGUUCCAUGCAGACGGCCGCCAUCGCCUUGUACCUCCACAUGGGAUUCAAACACGUUGUCCCCUUUACCUACUCAGGGGUACCUGCUUGGAUGUUCCACAUGACCAAAAUCACCUUGCUGUGCAUGGAAAAGUCCCUCUAGAUAUGCAGUUGCACACUAAAAUAUGUAUACAUCUAUAUACACUAAAU